AACCCUAGCCCGACUCGGCCCCCAUGGCCGCCAUACAGUAUCUAUAAGAGCUUGGCGAUCGGGCCAAACCCUCAUACCACCAGCAGUACCUACCUAGCUACGUGUGCACAAGAUUGAUCGCCAGGUUAGCUAGCUACUAGGGCAGCCAUGGCGUCCACGGGCGACAACGAGGAGGAGUACUACAGCAGCCCCGAGGAGGCGGAGGGGGCCGCCGCCGACGACGACCGGAUGAGCUUCCGGACCGCCUCCAACGAAAGCGAUAAUGACGCCGGCGCCGAUGAUGACGCGGACGCUGAUGAUUGCUUGUACGGCAACAGCGACGGCGACGACGAUGGCAUGUACGAUGAAUACGACGGGGACGAGGAGGAGGGGCUGGAGGAGGUGGAUGAGGAAGGCGGCGUCCUGGACGAGAUGAGGUUCACGGCGACGCAGUACGCCGUGCUCACCAUGGACGAGGUGCGCGCGCGGCAGGAGGAGCACACGGCGCGGGUGGCCGACCUGAUCGCGCUCCCGCCGGCCCUCGCGGCCGCCGUGCUCCGCCACUUCAAGUGGAGCGCCCAGGGCGUGUGGGAGCGGUGGUUCUCGGACGAGCACAAGGUCCGCGACGCCGUCGGCCUGCCCGCGGACGGCGACGCCGUCUCCGUGGCCGUCAACGACGCGCCCCUCACCUGCUACAUCUGCUUCGACGCGCACGCCCCCGGCGAGAUGCGGUCCGCCGGGUGCGCCCACUUCUACUGCCGCGGGUGCUGGAGCGGCUACGUGCGCGCCGCCGUCGGGGACGGCGCGCGCUGCCUGUCGAUCCGGUGCCCGGACAUGGCCUGCUCCGCCGCCGUGGUCCGCGACCUGGUCGACGAGGUGGCCGACGCCGACGACGCGAAACGGUACGGCGAGUUCCUGGUCAGGUCGUACGUGGAGGAGAGCAAGAGGAUCCGGUGGUGCCCGGCGCCCGGGUGCGACCGGGCCGUGGAGUUCGACGGCGAGAAGUGCACAGUGCAGCUGGACGCGUGGUGCGCGUGCGGGCACGGCUUCUGCCUCGCCUGCGGCGAGGAGGCGCACCGCCCGGUCGCGUGCGACACGGUGCGGGAGUGGCUGGAGAAGAACCGCUCCGACUCGGAGACGGCGCAGUGGGUCCUGGCCAACACGAAGCACUGCCCGGAGUGCCGCCGCCCCAUCGAGAAGAACCAGGGAUGCAUGCACAUGACGUGCUCGCCGCCGUGCAAGCACCAGUUCUGCUGGCUCUGCCUGGGCCCCUGGGGCAAGCACGACGGCGGCAACUACAACUGCAACACCUACAACGCCGCCAGGGCGGAGGGCAAGUACACGAAGGAGGAGCUCCGGCGGGCGCAGGCCAAGGCGUCGGUCGACCGAUACCUGCACUACUACGAGCGCUGGGGCGCGCACGAGCGGUCCCGGCAAAAGGCGCUGGAGGACAAGGUGGCGCUCGGCAAGGACGGCGCGCAGAGGGAGGCCGUGGCCGCCGCCUUCGGGGUGGUGGAGACGGAGCUCGACUUCCUGGAGGAGGCGUACCGGCAGGUGGCCGAGUGCCGGCGGAUGCUGCGGUGGACGUACGCCUUCGGCUACUACCUGGACGACCCGGCCAAGCGCGACCUGUUCGAGGACCUGCAGAGCCAGGCCGACAAGUCGCUGGAGCGCCUGCACGAGUGCGCCGAGAAGGACAGGGCGAAGCUCGUCGCCGAGGCGGGCGGCGAGCACGGCGCGGUCGCCGACAAGUACCUGGAGUUCAGGCCCAAGCUGUCGAGCCUGACGACCGUGGCGAGGAACCACUUCGAGAACAUGGCCAGGGCGUUCCGGGACGGCCUGGCCGAGGUCGAGGUCGACCCCGCCGUCGCCGCCCGCCGCGCAGCCGCCGCCCCUCCUCCACCACCGCUGGACGACGACGACGACGAAGACUUCUUCGAAGAGCUGCGGAUGUAAAUCAAUCGUAUAUUUAUUAUCAAUACACGCAGCACUUUGACACCAGUGCAUCAAGGCCGGAUGCCGCCUCUGACGGGAAAUGUGGAGAUUAAUGUGGAUGCCGCGGUGAGGAAGAGUCAGCGAGUAGAAAUCAUCAGUGAUGGCGCGCGAUUGACACGGCCAUUACCGGUUGUCUCGACACCGAUGAACCCGGAGGUGGUCAGGAAGCCCUCGCCCUGGUAGCUGACAUUACGCUGCAGCGGAUAUGCGUAGCAAGCGAGUGUCUCACCAUCAUAUCCAACCUGAAGGGUUCAUGCCUCGGGUGCCAUGGGCAAAUAGUCAGCUUUGAGGCAGCAAAGUUUGCAUGCAUUGAACUCCACCAUGAGAGGAAAACACAUAAUGAUUAAGCCCAUUCCUUACGCGCUAUGGAAUUUCUUAGAGCUUACAAUGAUUGAUAAAAUAAUCUUAUCUUAAAUCUUACUAGAAGAACGCCCGUGCGUUGCAACGGGGCCACAUUAACUUUAAGAGUUCAAUAUUAAUAUUCUCAUACAUAUCAAUCCUUUUUCUCCUUCCGUCUGCCACCGAGACAGGGACCUAGACUUUGUGCUGCUCUUAUUGAUUUCAAACCCAGACGAGAUGGGAUGGUGGGAGGGGGGACGAAAAAAUCCAGACGAAACAAAGGAGAAGGAGAGCCUCAUCAGUAGCAUCAUGGUGAAUUUCAAACCUAGCGUUGUGCUCCGCCCAACGAACAUGGACGCCGCCGCCGGCGGCCCGGUGGAGCUCGAACCCGAGAGACUCUGCUGCUUGCUGGGAGGGGUCGGGGAGGGUCGGAGCACAUGAGCAUUGACGUGAAGACAGAGUAGGCCGGGGAGAUUACUGUGCACGCCGCACAGCGACUUGGACCUUGGAGGGCCUUAGCUCUGUCAGGAGGAGGUCCCGAGUUCCUGCCGAGGACAGCCUGACGGGGGAGACGCACGGCCGCUCGCGCUGCCCGCAACGCGACCACGCCCUGCCCUAGGGUUCGGCGACGGCGGCAGCGUCGUCCACAGCCACACCCUCUCUGAGUCCUGCCCUGAACUGGGGUUCCGAGAUGGCGGCGGUGGCGGAGGUCUCUGAGGUUGGAGAGGGGCAAGAUGUAGGACGGCGGAGGCUGGAGCCUGGAGCGAUGGCGGCGUUUCGGGAUUGCAGGCAGGGGGACGUGCGAGGUGAGUGUUUUUUUCAUCGGUUUAUGUUGUGUUGCCUGCACGGAUAUAUAGAAGAACAAAUAGGUGGAUUAUAAUUCCUUCCAUUGUAUAAGUGCUGGGAAAGGAAGCGAGGGACAAAAAUCAAUCGAGGGGCCUUUAAGA